GGGAGAGACGGCGCCGGCAGCCUCGCUGCGCUCCCCCGGGGCCGCCUCCGUAGCCCCCCGGCCCCCGCCAUGGACAGCAGCAUGGAUUUCCAGGCGGCUGCGCCCUCCGCCCCGGAUCCCUGCAGCGAUGAGGCCCCGGAGCCGCCGGCCAUGGAGACAGAGGAAGGGCUCACGGUGCAGCCGGGCGGCCCUGAGCUCCGUGCGGGCGGUGGGCAGCGGGACGGCCGCCCCCUCCUCACCCUGCUCCCUGGCUGUAGCCCCGGGCAGGACCUGCCCGUCCCUGAGGGGCAGCGGAGGAGCCUGGGACCCAGCUCGGGGCCAAUUUCGGACCUCGAUGGAGCUGGGGACGGACGAACGGAGCUUUGCCAGGACUCGGGAAGAGAGAUGGAAGAGGAGGCGGUGACCGCGGGGCCGCAGGGCUCCGGCGGCUGGAAACCCGUGACCGAGAGCACCCCUCGGGACGAGGGACCCCCCCGAGCCCCCAGCAGAGGCGACCCGACAGGCAUGGAGCUGGAUGAGGCCGCCGGGGUCGGCGUCUGCCUGGGCAGGGCUGAGGAUGCAGAGGACGAACCCUCAGAGAUCCAGGGCCUGCUGGCCCAGCUGGAGACCCUCGACCCCAACCUCUGCGACCACUCGCCCCCCUCGGAGCGGGACCCGCUGCCCUCCCCCAGCGCCGGCACGGGCAGGCGAGCCCGGUUGAGCCACGGCGAGUGCCGGGGCAAGUGCCAGCCCUGCCCGCUACACGUGGCCAUGGGCCGGGGCCUGCAGACACGGCCCUGCUGCUCCCAGCGCUCAUCCUGCUCCCGGCCCUGCCACGGGCUGCUCUUUGCCGAGGCUGACCGUGAGGACUUGCUGAGCCUCCUGUGCUACGAGGGAGGAUUGCCCGAGGCCAGUGCCCAGACGCACUUGGCCCGCUCUGAUGUCCUGGCCGGGACCACCUUGGAGGUGCUGCAGGAUGAAGAGAAAGCGGUCGCUGUGGAGAAGCCUGAAAGGCUGGAGAGGCCGGAGGGCGCAGGGGAAGGGCCUUCCAGCGGGUGGUAUUAUGGAGAGGGGCUCUGCAAAGCCGACUCUGCCUGCGAGGGCAAUCGAGAUAGUUCCCCGGAGGCAGAGCAGCCACCGCAAGGCAGCAUGACCAACAGGGAGCCCCCACCCUCCGUGACCUUCAAAGAAGUUCCAGGCCCUUGUGACCCAGAGGAUCUGCUGGAUGGUGUGAUAUUUGGGGCCAAGUACCUGGGCUCCACACAGCUGGUGUCAGAGAGGAACCCCCCAACCAGCGUUCGCAUGGCUCAGGCCCAGGAGGCGGUGGACAGGAUCAAGGCACCAGACGGAGAGUCCCAGCCCAUGACAGAGGUGGAUCUGUUUGUCUCUACACAAAGGAUAAAGGUGCUCACGGCUGACACGCAGGAGGCCAUGAUGGAUCACUCCCUCCAGACCAUCUCCUACAUUGCUGACAUUGGCUCUCUGGUGGUGCUCAUGGCACGCCGCAAACUGCCGCGGCGGUCGGAGGUGGUGGAGGAAAAGCGGCUCUACAAGAUGAUCUGCCACGUCUUCCACUCAGCUGAUGCUCAGAUCAUUGCUCGGGCUAUCGGGCAGGCAUUUGGUGUGGCUUACCAGCGCUUCCUGGAGGCCAACAGCAUCGACCCCAGUGAGCUGAGCCCUUGCCAGUACAGCCAUGCCCUGGAGGACCAGGAGCAGUACAACGCAGAGCUGAGCCACUUCUCCCGGCAGGAGAACUGCAAGGAUGUCUGCAUCCGGAAGCAGAAGGGGGAGAUCCUGGGCAUUGCCAUUGUGGAAUCGGGCUGGGGUUCCAUCCUGCCCACCGUGGUCAUUGCCAACCUGAUGCACGGGGGUCCUGCUGAGAGGUCAGGCGAGCUGAGCAUCGGUGACCGCCUCAUGUCUGUCAACGGGACGAGCCUGGUGGGGCUGCCCCUGCCCACCUGCCAGAGCAUCAUCCGGGAGCUGAAGCACCAGACAGAGGUGACGCUGAACAUUGUGCACUGUCCCCCUGUCACCACAGCUGUCAUCCGGCGCCCUGACUCCAAGUACCAGCUGGGCUUCUGUGUUGAGAACGGCGUGAUCUGCAGCCUGAUGCGUGGGGGCAUCGCAGAGAGAGGUGGCAUCCGCGUGGGACACCGCAUCAUCGAGAUCAACGGGCAGAGUGUGGUGGCAACACCUCAUGAGAAGAUCAUCCAGAUCCUGACACAGGCAGUCAGUGAGGUCCACAUCAAGACCAUGCCCGCCUCCACCUUCCGCUUGCUGACCGGGCAGGAGCAGCCCCUCUUCCUCUGAGCCACCAGCUAUGCCCAGCUGUGGCUGCAUGUGCCUGGGGCCAGGUAGGAGCAAGACCAGGACAGGCUUUGCCCUGGCAGUGCCUCCCAGUGCCCUCAUUGGACUCCUCUGGCCCCCAGCAGGGCCUAAUCCUGCACAUCUUCUGUUGCACUCAGGGCACAGUGGGAAACUGGGGGCCUGAUAGCCAGCUGGAGCAGUUGUCAGGGCUUAUGGUGCCAGUGUGUGGGUACCGCCUCUCCCUCUAUCCACCCCUCCCUGCCUCACAGUGCCUGUUCCACUGCUUCACAGGGUCCCUCACCUUGGCCUGCUGCUGGCAGGAAGAGAAGGGACCCAUGUGAAAGGUCACCCCAUCCAGUAACCACCGACAGUGCUUUUAUACUCACCAAUGGUGCCUUUCCUGGCUCCAGGGCACCAGCUCCAGGGCUUGCCCUCACACAGCCCCAGAGCAGCUUGGACCCUGCACACCAAUGUGGGGUGCACAGUGGCACCCCUGAGGGAGACCCAGCAGCUCCCAGACUUGGUCUCAAGGGCAGCAGCACUUGCUGCUCCUCCCUGGCUUUGCCAAAGACCUGUUAGGGGUGCAAGUGAACUUUAGAGCUGUUGCACCAUGCUGGGAAACUACCUCUGUGCUUUUCCCUGGUGCUGCCUUUACCCACUCUACACGCACAGCCUGGCCCCAGCCUCCCCAGGCACUGGGUCACAGCCCUUGGGGAUGUCCCUCAACGUGGCAAAAGGGAACACAGCACUGGGGAGCUUGGGGUCAUGAACCCUAAGGUUCUGUCCCUGGUGCUCUGUCUUCGUGAGUGAGUCUCUGCAUCCCUAUAGCUGAGGCAAUGCUGACCUGACUUUGCCUGUGUGCUUGGUUGAUGUAAAAAUAAA